UACUGCCAUGCAUAUCGCGAACGUACUUACCCAAAGCACAGGAGCAAUCAACACACGCGCACAUCUUCUGAAGGGAUACAACUGUACGCGCUGGGUACAAUUGACAACAAUCACCCACCAGGCUCUGUAUAUGGCCUCCCUCGUGCUUUCUACACGGCCAUGAGGACACUGUGGUCGAUGCAGAGCGCCGCGGCGAUCGGGAGGUUCGGUCUGUGAGCCGAGAGUUUAGCAGAGAUGCACCACUCCUUGCGCCCAGUACAGAAGCAAAUCACUGAAAGUUGACGUGUACCAUUACGUGUACCAUUCGGUCACUUCAGACGGAUGUCUCCAGUCGACUCUUGCAUGCUCCGAUCUAUCCUCCUCGGAUCGCCGGCACGUUCUGUUGUCCGCAACAUGAGUCGGUAACAGACGUCGGCAAGGAUGGAGGAUGCACCGUCUUCCAUCAUGUCAGCAGCAUGUACAUGCACUGAUGGUGAUCCUACACGCUCCCCUUCACCUGCUCGUCAGACAAGUCACGGCCAGGGGGUGCCACAAUCAUGAACAAAAGGCAUAUGGUUCAUUCCAUGUUUCAUCUCGAGCUCAGCAACCUAACUCGUAGUGCCGAAUCUCUAGUACAUCUUCGACAUCUUCUUUGCCACUCUACUCACUUCCCAUCCCUUCCUACCCACCCUUACGAACGAUGCCCAAGGCUCCUCCUGAGGACCACAGACCAGCCAGAGCCUGUCUCGCUGCGCCUUACCCACUGCCUUAUGUCUUCACCCGGGGGCCGCCAGAUGCGGAAAGCAACGCAAAAGCAGGACCUUCGCGCGAACCUCAAAGUUCAGUAGCUGUCCCCAGCUUACUUCACUCUACACCGCUCAUCACCCAGCCCAACCCCAGUGGCCAAAUCAGCUUCCCACCCGUCGACCCCAAUUGGCGAAAGAUCCAGCCUGCUUUCCCUCCUAUUCCUUACCCUCGGCAAGAUCAUGAAGAGAUCGUUAGGAUGAGGGUGAGGAGGCUCAAGGUGCUGAAAGAUGUCAAAGAUGGGUCGGAUUCGAGCAGCGAGUGGGAAGUGAGAUCAAAGGCGAAGAGCGAGACUGGAGAGGGAAAAGAUGAGUCUUCUGACAUGUUGCUCUCGGUGCAAAAGUCAGCUAUGGAUAUUUUGAAAGACGGACAAGAGGACGGCGUCAGCCAGAGGGACCCCGUCACGGGCCGCAACAAUCUUUUGAUGUAUGCCUUCAUCUCCGCCGCCUCCCACAACACCCGCGACCCUUCCAUCUCUCCCCCGUCAGAAGGUAUUCGCACGCCAACCCAAUCCCGUCAUAUGGUGCCUCUCAUUUCCAACGGCUCCGGAUCCGACGGCGAGAUUACGCCCAAAGCUCGGAACCAGACGCUGGCAGUAGAAGAAGAGUUUGAUGACGGUGAGGAAGAGCAAGGAGGACCAGGGUGGGAUGUGAUCUCUGCGGCAUCAAGCUUCCUCAGCGAAGGAAGCGAUGCAGAGGAGGCAGAUCAAGAGUGGCAUGACGAUUCACCUGCUUCGGCACGUCUAGUCACCCCAGCUGCCAUCGCCCGUAUGACACGUCGCCUCCAUCGUCCUCCCAAAGGUCGCUUUCUCGGAAAAACGAAUCAGCCGCGGUUUACAUAUCCCACCCCAAAGCUCCGCCACCAACCAUCUCAAUCAUCCAUCGGAGACAGCGACAUUACCGCUCGCCCUUACCAUCCUGCAUUGAUAGGUGCUGCUGGGGGUUAUUUGUCGGAGAGUGGGAGUGCCCGAACGGCUGUACAAAUCAGGAGGGGCAGGUAUAGCCAAAUGCUAGAAGUAGGGCGGAAAAGGAGGGGUGGAGAGCCAAACACACCUCCGCGUCCGCUUGAACACGCCCACAUCACCUCACAUGGCCAAAGCUUUCACCGAACCUCCCCCCAGCAUGCCAUACCCCAGCCAUCAAUGCUGGGACUCGAGGGGUUUACCUACGCCAACAUACCAGCCAUGCACCACCCUUCCGAAUUCCUUUCUGCCUCUUCUCCAUCCUCUGGCGAGCGCCCUGCCAAGCGUCACGCAUCUCCUCGUAACGAGAGAUGGUCUUCACCCCAGCCCAUGUCUGUCGAUCCUCGUACUGCCGGCACUUCUGCUGGUAUCAGCUGGCCCCACCCUCUCCCUCCUCGCGAGCUCGUGCCCUCCGAUGCGAGCACUUCUCAACUCGUCGCGAUGUCUCAGUCGUGGGGCGAGAUGGAUGUCCCCAUGCCGACUGCUUCCACCGCUGGUCACAUCGCUUUCGGGAAAGCCUGCCACAACGUGCUCUUGUCCAAGAAAGAAGCUGCGCGGCGCCGAAAAGAGCGUUUGCGAAGAGACGAGGGCAAGGACAGGAGGUUGAGAUUAUUGAUGCCUCCUCCACCUUUGCCAUCUCAGACCCAGCAAGGCUCCCCAACGGGAUACCAGCCGUACUUUCAGGCUUCACCUUGGGCGGGGGACGAUCAUGAUGCGAGGUUUGUGCCACAAAUGCCUCAGUACCAAAUCCACCCUCAACUCGGCUGGGUCCCGCAACAACAAUUUCUUCUUCCUUACCAACCUCAGAACUGGCAGCCUGUUCAGUACCCUGCCCCACCUCAUCACAUGAGUGGCAACACUCCAAGUUACACACAAUUGUCCCAACUUUCCAUCCCCAUCCGCUCUUCCCCUCACGAAGCCAAGCCUGCCAGGAAGAGGCGCAGGUCGCUGAGUCCUUCGUCCGCUUAUGACACCGUUCCCACCCCACGUCGAUCUUUACAAGCGCAAACGCCUACACCUACACAAGCCCUGCAGGCAGGGUAUACGCUGUUACCAGCGGCGCAUAUAUCGACGCCACAGAUGAACGGGCCAGCUUUGAAGUCGCCUCAGAGCCGUCCGGUCCAAGGCACACCACCGAGGGGAGUAGAAGAGAGCGGAGGCGAUCUGUGGAAGGCUGCUCUGCAAGGCGGCUAUGAGAGUAUGGGUGAGGAGAACCGCAAGAUUGCGAGGAGAGACAGAUGGGUGCAAGAAGAGAGGGAAAGAACCAGGGCAAUGAGCCGUGGGAGGUCUGUCAAGCCUUAAUGACCAACAUCGAGUGUCGAUAGAUAGUCUUGAGUGUGACGAUUUGAACAUGAUUGUACUACUAGUGACGAGCUGUUAACGAUAUGUGUGUCGCGCAUGUACCCAGG